AUGAAGUCAAUUUGUCUCAAGAAAGCAAAGAAUCUGGUCGAUUUUACACUCAAUGCUAAUCACAACAGCUUAUCUGAUUUGAUCAAAAGUGUACCAAACAUUAAGAGGUUUUCUUUGGUUCGUGGGAAAAAGGAUCCAAAUGUAGAUAUCAUUCCUCCGACACUCCUAACAAGCUCUUUCAGCUCUUUAGAUCAUCUAAGAUUGAGUGACUUAAAUUUGAAUGAAAGAAGAGAACUUUUUGAUAUUGUUAGUAUACUAAAAAGUGUUCCUAGCUUGGUUAAACUUGAUAUACAGAGUUAUAACAAUGAUGAUACCACACAAGUGUUGGAUCCUUCAAAGGAGUUAGAAUGUCUUAGUUGUUAUUGCCUUAAACUUCAGACCGUGAAUAUCUAUGUUGAUGCAAGCGCUCAACAGGCAAUGAGUUUGAUAAAGUUCCUACUUGUAAAUUCUCCAUUGUUAAAGACUCUUACUUUUAAUUAUAUUUUUGAGGAAUCAAAUGCAGUUAUGUUUUUCGGAAUUUCUCAAGACUUGUUAUUGAUGGAACGAGCGUCACCAGGAACACAGGUUAAGUUCAAUCAUUCACUGUUUUGGCGGUGA